AUGGCCCACAUUGCACCGGCAGUCGUGAUGGUGAAGGGGCCCCACAACGAUGAGCCCGACCGUGAAUCACUCCAACAACAAUUAGAAUCAAUCUCGAAGAAUGCGACACAUUUGCUCAUCGACAAAGAUACUCCAUCAGACGCGGAGUGGGCUUUACUCGGGGCACAUUUCCAUAGCGUAGAAGAUCUGGAGCUGGAAAGUGGGUUCAAUGAAGAGCUCAAUGACAAGAACAUUCCCCUUCAUUGGCCUCUGAAAAGGCUCGAAAUAGGCUCUGCAUGCGGGGCUCUUAUUCAAAGCCCCUUUGUCCGCCAGGGAAUGGUUCCUCAUUUAAAACUCAACUUCACAUGCAACCUUCGAUUCGAGGGCCCGACGUCUGACGAGCUUUACAAGGCACACCAAGAGGCCAUUGAGCGGGGGGAGAUUGAGGCGGAAUAUGUCGGCAAAGGUAGUAAAAAGGUGAAGUUCACAUACCUUCCGCAGCUCGUGUGUGAACACAUGGAUAAGGUCUACUCCAAUCCUGAUCGAAAAUUGGAUCCCGAAAAUGAACCACCUGCGGGACCCAUCAACCUCCAAUCCCUAGAGAUUUGGGAGAAUGACGCACUAGAUACUUUCUGUCGAAUGUAUGGCGCGCUUCCUCAUUUGGUUUAUAACCUUCAAGCCUUACGUCUUCGAUCUACCAGUUGUCUGGACUUUGUCUUAAAUGGGGAGGAAACCUUUCGUCAGCUUUUACCUGAGUUGAAAACCCUCAAGCUCUUAAAUUUGACAGUGGGCAACAUAUUUUGCGAUCCCUUGUACCUUCCGACAUUUUGUAGGGCCCUUCCUCCCAAUUUGACAACCUUGUACUUCCGUGGCCCAGCCUCGCUCACCAAGUCGGAGCACUGGGCUGAUUGGUUGCUAGCAUUCGAUUCCACUGACUUUCUUCCGCAUCUGCGGCAUCUCGCUUUUGUCUUGGAUCUACACUACCCAGGGGAGCAGAAAAGGUGGGGUCAAAAGGAAACCGAAGCGCCACUGGAUUUACUUCAAUAUGCACGUCGGCAGUGCCAACCGCUCUAUGACAGUGCGCUCAAGCGCGGGAUCCAUCUUGAGGCCAUGCCAAAGGAACCCGAGUCUUCAGCUUUGAGACCCGUGGAUCCUCGGUGGUGA